AUGAACUGGGAUUGGUCGUGGAGCUUCAACAGGGGACAGUCUGAUUCGCUGCGUGGGCGCGUGUGGUGUGUGGUGUUCACUGCCUUAGUGCGUGCUGAGCCUGCUGCAGGAGACAGCGAAACAGAGAGACUGGACAGAGACGGGAACGGGGCCUGCCAGGGUAGAGAAAGAGCCAAAGCGGACCAGGGGCUGAUGAACUGCUGCCGCAAUGAAUUUGCCUCUAUUGGCGUCCUUUUUGGGGGGGGAAGCGGCUCGUCGCACGCCAAAAGAAAGCGGGCAAAUUUUGUCGGUUGUGAUUGA